GACAUCCUUUCAUUUGAGCCGGGCCAACUGACUCAGCCCAAGUGGAUCUUCAACUACGUGGUUGGCAAAGACUGCCAGUUUGAAUGGGUGCCCACGGAAGUUGUACCUCCUUGCUGUGUCCAUCCAGGUGCUGGGCGUCUCCCCCUUGCUGUGCGGAUCACUGGCCCAACUGAGUCUGUGGUAGUUUCGUCCCUCAGAACUGGCAUUUUUCUCACGGUCAAACAGAUUCAGUCCAUCAUCGGGGCUUUCAAGAUUCCAGAGCCUGCUCCAGGGUCCGGGUCAGGCAAAAAUGGCAGGGUUGUCAAGAUGGACCUGUCAAGAGCUUUGAUUGGCGGACUCUUCCAUGCUGCUUCCGGAGAUGAGAAAGCUUUCAUGAUUGCAUCCUUGAUGGUGAGAAAAAAAGUUCGACUAGAAGAUGCCCCAGACCUUCUGGUGAAGCUUACUUCAAUGCUGGACACAAGUGAAGCACAGCAUUUCGGACGAGAACGGAAAGCUGCCCUUGAUGAGUUGGCAGUGAACAAAAUGAAGGCAAACAUUGCACGUACAAAAGGCAAGGAAGCAGAAGAGGAAGAAGAGGGUCCAAACCCAUCUUCUGGGUCUGGAAUCAAGAGGUCACAUGAAGAGGCACAUGGAGCUCCAAUGGCUUCUUCUUCAAAAGCCAAAAAAGGAGAUGAAGCUGAGGAAAGGUCUAUGAAAUUGCGCAAGAACAACGUCAGGGCACCGAAGCAAUUCAUUUCUUUCUUCCCUUUGGUGAGCCAAACCUAUUUCAAGUGGCAGCCACAACUCAGCAGG